AUGAAUGAACGUCAUACAUUUGACAGCGUACAUCCACAAUCAACAUCUCAUCUCAUAAUUAAACGUUCCAUUCCAGUAGUACCAGUUCUGAUAGGUCCUCAAAUACCUCGCCGCGAACGAGAAGAAACGCAUGAACGUUAUUGUCGCGCAUUGUUAACAUUAUUCGUUCCAUGGCGAUCAGUUCAGGACCUUUGUGCACUGAAUGAGACAUGGUCUGAAGCAUUGGAAGCUCGAAGACUGUUGAUCUCUCCCAACUCGCUUAAGAUUAUAGAAAAUAUAGAACUUUUGCACGAAUGCAAACACGAUCGGGAUGAACAUCUUCAUCAAGUUCUUUUAGAAGCCCAAAAUGAAAACAACAUUGACCCUAUUUUGAUGCCUAACUACUAUGAAGGUGAUGAAAAUGCAGACAAAGAUGAUCCGGAACAACUUUUGCAAAUGCUUUUCAUCGUAAAUGAGACCACCACAAACGCUUACUCUGCAUUGACAGUUACUCAAGAACAACGCUAUGUUCAUGAUGCAUUACAAGCAAUUGAUAAUACAGACAGAUUUGCACUACUCAAUGGCCGUACACGUUGUCCGAGCGAAAAUAAUUAUGGCACCAUACACGACAUCAACACAUUUGUGGUAGCUCACGCACAUCACAGCGUCAUGAUUAAAGGAUGGAAACGUGACAUUGAAGGUCGACGAGAUGAAGCAAGAAACUAUUUAAUUUCAGGUGAAAAUACUCUGGAAGUGCGAGAUGAUGAAACACAGAUUGAAGUCGUAGCAACUGAAAUUCCAACAAGUCCCAUUAAAACGAGAGCUACAAGAGUUCCACCUGUGACUACAACCAAUGCAAUAUUAUUUCCAACAAAACAAGAUAUUAUCAGACAAUUUACACUAAGCACUCAGCAAAAAUAUGCUUUUAUGAUUAUAACUAGUCACUUAGAUGGCGAAAAUCAUGCUUAUACCGCUAUAUAA